GCCAGCUUUAAAACCGGAAGUCAAACGGCGUCCGAUUAUAGCGGUUAAUAAAAGCAUCGUUCCUGCUAUUAGAUCGAAUUAUUAUGUUGAAAGAACGCGAAACGAUCGAACGCGUACCGACGUCCCCGUGUUCCAGCAUGGGUGGUUCCUCGCUGGGCGAAGCUUCCUCUUGCGCCGGGUGCGGUACCCGAAUCCACGAUCGGUUCUAUCUAUUGGCUGUUGACCGACAAUGGCACGCAUGCUGUUUGAAAUGUUGCGAGUGCAAAGUGCCUUUGGACACCGAGCUGACUUGCUUCGCUAGGGAUGGAAAUAUAUAUUGCAAGGAGGAUUACUACAGAAUGUUCGCCGUGACCAGAUGCGGCAAAUGUCACGCAGGAAUUUCAGCGAACGAGCUAGUAAUGAGAGCCCGAGACUUAGUUUACCACCUUCACUGUUUCUCUUGCACCUUAUGCGGAAUACCAUUAUCGAAAGGCGACCAUUUCGGUAUUAGAGAAGGGCUUAUAUACUGCAGGCCGCAUUACGAAAUCAUGGAUACAUUUGACCCCCACGGUGAUGGGCCCAUAUUUUCGGGAGGUGAAUCUCCAGGGUACUAUCCACCGAAUACGCCACCUCAAAAUCACAAAGGGAGACCCAGGAAACGAAAACCCCUUGUGGACGAUUGUAGCGAUUUACCUGUAGGGAUGAGAAUGGCUGCUGCAACUUUAGAGAUGUUGCACCAAGGAGACUUAUCGUCGUCGAUGGAGUCGCUUUCAUACGAUUCAUCCGUCACGUCUCCGGCUUCUAGUAAUGGACAUGGACAAAAUCAAAGAACCAAAAGAAUGCGCACAUCAUUCAAGCACCACCAAUUGCGAACAAUGAAAACCUACUUUGCCAUCAACCAAAAUCCGGACGCCAAGGACCUGAAGCAACUAGCUCAGAAAACCGGCUUAUCAAAACGAGUAUUACAGGUUUGGUUCCAAAACGCCCGCGCCAAAUGGCGAAGAAACCUGAUGAGACAAGAAGGUCAAGGCAGCAAUAACAACCCCAUUCAGGCAGCACCUAACAGUUCACCUACAGGUUCCUCUAUCAUGGAAGCCCAUCAAAACUUGGAAGACCUACACCAUCAUUUGCACAGUCAAAACUCGCAGGCCUUAUCUUUUAACGAUAUCUACUGAAUUAUCUGACCCUUUAUAUUUUUGUAAAUUUUACCACAAAAUGUUCCUUUUAACAUAGUGAUAAACCGAGGUUAGUAUUAGUGUGCACAAAAAAAAUAAAUAUAGGAGUUAGAAGUGUACCUACUUUAAUACCUACAGGAUGUUUCCUUUUUGUUUAGUUUAAUUCUUGGUGCAAUAAUAUUGAUUUUUAAGAUGUUUCCAUUAUUUGUGCAAGAGUUCGUCCUCUAGAAGUUAAGUGGUUUAACUUAUUCUGUUUUGUAAAUAUAGACAUAUUAAAAUACUUAA